UACAUUUACAAUUUAAAAGGGUUAGAUUUGAGAGGCUUGCAACUCAGGAUGGCUACCGAGACAGCCUCUGUUCUUCUGUCCCCCAUCAAAACGUGCCUUCUUCUACUUUUGGGUGGUUUGAUGUCCAAAGCUGCGCAGGAGCAGCAGGGAAGUUUGUACAUGUGGAUUGAUGCCAACCAAGCCAGAAUCCUAAUUGGUUUCGAGGAGGACAUCUUGAUCGUGUCAGAGGGAAAGAUGGCUCCAUUCACAACGGACUUCAGAAAGGCCCAGCAGAGGAUGCCUGCGAUACCUGUCAAUAUCCAGAACGUCAACUUCACCUGGCAAGCUACUGAACAGGUAGGAGACGUGGUGCAGGUGGGCUUCCCGUGUUUAGGAGACCAGGAUGGCGUAGCGGCGUUCGAGGUCACCAUACUGGUCAUGGACGCCGGUGGGAACAUCAUCCUGAGGACACCUCACAACGCCAUCUUCUUCAAGACCUGCCAGAGAGCUAAAUGUCCAGGUGGUUGUCGUAACGGUGGGUUCUGCAACGAGAGACAGGUGUGUGAGUGUCAGGAUGGUUUCUACGGGCCGCACUGUGAGAAAGCCCUCUGCUCUCCCAGGUGUCUGAAUGGUGGACUGUGUAUGAGUCCGGGCGUGUGCAUCUGCCCACCUGGUUACUAUGGAGACAGCUGUGACAAAGCUAACUGCAGCAUCACAUGUUUAAACGGAGGGACGUGCUUCCACCCAGGGAAGUGUAUCUGUCCUGCAGGCUACGAGGGACCACGCUGUGGGAUCAGUAAAUGUCUCCAGGCCUGCAGGAACGGAGGGAAAUGCACUGGGAAAAACAAAUGCAAAUGUGACAAGGGUUUCCACGGCGACCUGUGUUCCAAGGCUGUCUGUGAGCCCAGCUGUGGAGCCCAUGGGACCUGUGUGGAACCCAACAAGUGCCUGUGUAAGGAGGGCUGGCACGGACGCCACUGUAACAAGAGAUACAGAGGAGGUGCCUCUAACACCCAUCGUCUCUCAUCAGGCCCUAAACACAAGCCUCAGCAGCACUCCUCCUCUGCCAAGGAGGUGAAAGACGUCCCCGAUGCCGACAUCCCAGCAGAGACCAAUUAUGUGGUAUAAGAGCCGGGUCCAGACAACCACACCUGGGUUCAAGCACUAUUCAACAUCUUUCAGAUACUUUCAGCAUCUGCUCUAGUCCGGUUGGCGGCGCCUGAUGGGUGCGGCCUGG